AUGGCAUCAUCCGCACAGCAGCAGGCCCAGCUAAUCGAGUCGUCCAAGCGGGCGGCCGCCUACCAGGCCGUGCAGGACCACCUGGACCACUCGUACCGAUACGUGGGCAUCGGGUCCGGCAGCACGGUCGUGUACGUGGUCGAGGCGAUCGCGGCGCUCGGCCCCGCCGUGACCGGCGCGAUGAGCUUCUUCCCGACGGGCGAGCAGUCGCGCGGGCUCAUCAAGGCGGCCGGCCUGCGCCUGUCGUACAUCCAGGACCUGCCCGCGGCGGCGCAGCUCGACGUCGCCUUCGACGGCGCCGACGAGGUCGACGCCCGCCUCAACCUCAUCAAGGGCGGCGGCGCGUGCCUGCUGCAGGAGAAGAUCGUGGCCACCGCCGCGCGCAAGUUCGUCUGCGUCGCCGACUUCCGCAAGAUGAGCCCCGCGCUCGGCACCGCCUGGACCAAGGGCAUCCCCAUCGAGGUGCUGCCCAUGGCCGCGGACCGCGUGCUGCGCGAGCUCGAGCUGCUCGGCGCAAAGGGCGCAAAGGUGCGCUCCGGCCUGCCGGGCAAGGCCGGCUCCAUCGUCACCGACAACGGCAUGACGAUUGUCGAUGCGCCGUUCGCGCCGCUGGCGCUGGCGGCGCAGGCGGAGGAGGGCAAGGACGGCGUCUGGAGCGUGGACGCCCUGGCGGAUCGGCUGAUCAAGAUCACGGGCGUGGUGGAGACGGGGCUGUUCGUGGGCAAGAACGGGUUCGAGGUGGAGAGCGGUGCGCAGAAGCCGGUCGCGGCGUACUUUGGCAUGGCGGACGGGACGGUAGAGAUCCAAAAGGCAUAA